AUGGAAGCUCAGCAGAUGGAAGCUCAGCAGAUGGAAGCUCAACACAUUGUAGUUGGGACUCUACGCUGGAUGCACUUGAUAUCAGCAAACCCCAAACAUAUCACAUCCAUCUCGCCACCAACAUCCCCAUACAUAAUAGCACCACACGUACCCAUCCAAUCCCACUAUAAAUCACCAAUCCCAUCCAAGCUUACCCCAACAACACCAUCCAACGCACGCACAAUGGCAACAUUAAACCAAGUAAUCCGAGGAAUCCGCAAAUUCACUCCAACACACGUAUCAAAAGCCCCCGCCUUACACGGAUGUCCACAGCGUCGCGGUGUAUGUCUCAAGAUAUUCAACAUGAAGCCAAAGAAACCAAACUCGGCGCAACGUAAGGUCGCUCGUGUCAAACUCACGUCGGGUGAGACCGUGCUGUGCUAUAUACCAGGCGAGGGUCAUAACUUGCAGGAGCAUUCGGUCGUGCUGGUACGUGGUGGGCGUGUGCCGGAUGUGCCUGGUGUGAAGUAUAAGGUUAUUAGAGGGGCGCUAGAUUGUGCUGGGGUUGUGGGGAGACAGCAGGCGAGAUCGAGGUAUGGGACAAAGAAGCCGACGCAGAGUGCGCCUGCUGCUGUCUGUGUGCUUCAUCAAAACAUCAAACUGACAAAUCUCAUUCCCACCGCCCCUUCUUUGAAUAUUAGAGUCAUUGCUGCUAAUCGCGAUGAAUUCGUCGAUCGACCUGCAAGAAGAGCUCGCUUCUGGGACUCGGCUCCACAUCUAAUCGGUGGCGUCGAUCUCGGCCAAGUUCGCCCACUAACCGAACUCCAGAACCAAGAUCGCAACAUCCCAACCCCUACACAAGAAGACAUCGCCCAGCAACACGGCGUCCAAAUCGCGGGCGCCGGCGAAGAAAAGAACGGCACGUGGGUCGGCCUCACAACAGACGGUCGUUUCGGCUUCCUCACAAACUUUAACGACGGAUUAUCCCCAUUACGUCUCGACGCCAAAUCACGCGGCCAUCUCGUAAAGAACUUUCUAGUAUCCCCACCGGCUGAGGCAGUCACUGCUGAGUCGUAUGUAGCGGGUAUCGAGGCUGAACGGCUACAGUAUAAUGGGUUUAAUAUUGUGUCGGGAAACCUACGAGAUAAUGACGUGUGGUAUUGUGGAAUGGGAGGGAUUGAUGGACGACACAUGGAGAAGCUGGAUCCGAAUGUGUAUUAUGGGCUUAGUAAUGGGGAUAUGAGGGGAGUUGAUGGCGGGUGGUGGAGGGUGCAUUCCGGGAGGCAGCGGUUUGAGAAGGUUGUGAAUGAGGCGGAAAGUACGAAGGAGGUUGUGGAGGGGCUUUUGGAUCUAUUACGGGACAAGACAACAUCCACAUCCACAGACUACAUACGCCCAACCACCGGUAUAUGCAUAGACCGCGAGAACUCGCCACGCCAGAACUAUGGAACACGCACACACACAAUCAUUGUCGUCUCCAACAAUGGCGACGCGGUCUUUGUGGAAGAAGAUCGAUACAUUGUACAGAAAAUAGAUGAGGGUGGACCAAUUAUUGAAAGUGGAAGGCCUGGACUUUGGAGGAAUGAUUUUGAGUUUAAGGUUGAUUUGGCGAGUGGUAGUAAGACAAAUGGGGUUUGA